UGAAAAAGCGUCCCAGCAUUAUUCGCACGCUUGGGCGGAUGUCGCUGUCUGGCCAAGGAGACCGCUCCAGCUCGCCUCUGCGAGAGCAACAGCACUCACAUACGCUCCUCCCGCAAAGACAUUCGGCUUCGACGCCACAACGAAAUAAGCGAGCUCGUUUCCCUCUCCCUGGAUUCAAACAUGUCCGCGCACGCCCUGCGAAAGCAAUAUCGAGAGCUGGUGAACAACCCCGUUGCCGGGUUUACGGUCUCGCUGCAAGAUGAUAGCAUCUACAAAUGGAAAGUCGGAAUGGUCGGACCCCCGGAUACACCAUAUUCAGGCGGAUUCUUCUGGGCCACGAUGAAGUUCCCCGAGGAUUUUCCCUUCAAGCCUCCGACGUUCUCCUUUGACAAGCCGCUCUACCACCCGAACAUAUAUGGCGAUGGCCGGCUAUGCAUCUCGAUUCUCCACCCGCCUGGGGAUGAUCCGAUGAGCGGCGAGUUGGCCGCCGAGCGAUGGAAUCCCACGCAGACCGUCGAAUCCAUUCUCCUGUCGGUCAUUUCGCUGCUGGGCGACCCGAAUUGCUCGUCGCCGGCGAACGUUGAUGCAGCGGUAAUGUUCCGCGAACGACCAGAGGAAUACAAGAAAAUGGUGCUCAGCCAGGUGCAGGCAUCCCGAGCAGAUAUCCCGGAAGACCUGUAUAUUCCCGGCUGGGACGAGAGCCAUUCGCAUACACGGGGUGCGUCGGGCGCUUCGGAGGACGACGCCGAGUCCGAAGACUUUUGGUACGACGACAACGAAGACGAAGCCGACGAGGACGAGGACGAGGGCGACGACGACGACCAGAACAACGAGUGGGAGGAGCAAGCGGACGACGACGAUGAUGCGCAGGGUACAUGUGAAGAGGACGACAACUGAUGUGUGUUGAUAUCGACGAAUACAGAAGGUUUCGCAGCGACAGGAGACCGGGGCAAUCGGCUCGUCCCGCGGGUGGGGGCGGAUGCAUCCCUUGUCGGGCAGGCUCGGCUCCCAGGGAGUGCGGCCUGAGGCCAAGUGGAGCGAGUGGGGUAUUGGCUGUGGCAGUCGACAUUGGCUGUUACAUGAGUUGUUACAUCAGUUGUUACAUGAGUUGUUACAUUAGUUGGUAUAUGA